GCGGGGCAGGGCGGGGCGCAGCUGCGUUUCGGUGCCCAGGCGCCGCUGAGGCCUUUAACAGACACAGGCCACAGUCGUGCCCUACAGAGGCCGAGGUGCCCCCAGAGUCAUGGCCCGCUCGGCCUGCGGGUUCUCAGUCGCACUGCUGGGCGCCCUGCUGCUGGGUACAGCGCGCCUGCUGCACGGGACAGAAGCAUCUGAGAUUACUCUGGCCCACGGAAGUGGCAUUACAGUGCACAUCAGGUUGGCGAGCCCAGCCCUACCUGUGAAACCCUGCUACAUCAUCAUUUCUAGACAGCAUACAACCGAGUUGCUUGUCAAACCUGGAGAAAGAAAGUCUUUUACCUUCAGCUGCAUCAAUCCGGAGAAGCACUUUGUCUUGGGGAUUGAGAAGAAUAUCGACUGCAUGUCAGGCCCAUGUCCUUUUGGGGAGGUUCGUCUUCAGCCAUCCACAUCAGAGCUGCCCACCCUCAACAGAACUUACAUCUGGGACGUCAGAGCUCAUAAGAGCAUUGGCCUGGAGCUGCAGUUCUCAACCCCUCGCCUGAGACAGAUUGGCCCAGGCGAGCGCUGUGCAGAUGGGGUGACUCACUCCAUCAGUGGUCGUAUUGAUGCCACUGAGGUCAGGAUUGGGACUUUCUGCAGUAACGGCACUGUGUCCCGGAUCAAGAUGCAAGAGGGUGUGAAAAUGGCCUUAAACCUGCCAUGGAACAUACCCAGGAACAUCUCAGGCUUCAGUAUCGCAAACCGGUCAUCUAUAAAACGCCUGUGCAUCAUCGAGUCAGUAUUUGAGGGUGAAGGCUCAGCCACCCUGAUGUCCGCCAACUACCCAGGAGGCUUCCCUGAGGAUGAGCUUAUGACCUGGCAGUUUGUUGUCCCUGCACACCUAAGGGCCAGUGUCUCCUUCCUCAACUUCAAUGUCUCCAACUGUGAGAGGAAGGAGGAGCGUGUUGAAUACUACAUCCCAGGAUCCACCACCAACCCGGAGGUGUUCAGACUAGAGGAUAAGCAGCCAGGGAACAUGGCUGGGAAUUUCAACCUCUCCCUGCAAGGCUGUGACCAGGAUGCCCAGAGCCCAGGGAUCCUUCGGCUCCAGUUUCAAGUCCUGGUCCAACGUCCACAGAAUGAAAGCAAUAAAACCUACAUGGUGGACCUGAGUCAAGAGCGAACCAUGUCCCUCACCAUAGAACCACGGCCAGUCAAACAUGGCCGCAGGUUUGUUCCUGGGUGCUUUGUGUGUCUAGAGUCUCGGACCUGUAGUACCAAUGUCACCCUGACAGCUGGCUCCAAACACAAGAUUUCCUUCCUGUGCGAUGACUUGACACGCCUGUGGGUGAAUGUGGAGAAAACCCUAAGCUGCCUGGACCACCGCUACUGCUACGGGAAGUCCUUCCACCUGCAGGUGCCCAGAGACAUCCUCCAGCUGCCUGUGCAGCUGCACGACUUCUCCUGGAAGCUGCUGGUGCCCAAGGACAGGCUCAGCCUUAUGCUAGUACCAGGCCAGAAGCUACAGCAGCAUACACGUGAGAGGGCCUGCAACACCAGCUUCGGCUACCUCAUGGCCAGCACCACGCCUGGCCAGGGCCUGUACUUUGGCUCCUUCUGUCCAGGAGGCUCUAUUGAGAAGAUCCAGGUGAAGCAAAACAGCUCUGUGACGCUUCGAACAUAUGCCCCCAGCUUCCAACAAGAGGUCUCUAGGCAAGGCCUGACAGUGUCCUUCAUACCGUAUUUCAAAGAGGAAGGCAUUUUCACAGUGACCCCGGACACAAAAAACAAGGUCUACCUGAGGACCCCCAACUGGGACCAUGGCCUGCCUGCCCUCUCCUCAGUGUCUUGGAACAUCAGUGUGCCUAGCAACCAAGUAGCUUGUCUGACCUUCUUCAAAGAGCGUUCUGGUGUGGUCUGCCAGUCAGGGCGUGCAUACAUGAUCAUCCAGGAGCAGCAGACCCGGGCAGAGGAGAUCUUCAGCCUAGAAGAGGAAGUGCUGCCUAAGCCAAGUUUCCAUCAUCACAGCUUCUGGGUUAACAUCUCCAACUGCAGCCCCAUGAAUGGCAGGCAGCUAGAUCUGCUCUUCUGGGUAACUCUCACCCCAAAGACUAUAGAUUUGGCUGUCAUCAUUGGUGCAGUAGGAGGUGGAGCCCUGUUGCUGUUUGCCCUGGGACUCAUCAUCUGCUUUGUGAAAAAGAAGAAGAAGGUCAACAAGGGCCCUGCUGUGGGUAUCUACAACGGCAAUGUCAAUACCCAAGUGCCCCAGACUCAAAAGUUCCAGAAAAGACGAAAGGACAAUGACUCUCAUGUGUAUGCAGUCAUCGACGAUACCAUGGUAUAUGGGCACUUGCUGCAGGACUCCAGUGGAUCCUUCAUCCAGCCGGAGGUGGACACCUACCGGCCCUUCCAGGGCCCUAUGGGGGACUGCCCCCCCUCCCCACCCCCUAUAUUCUCCAGGACCCCAACUGCAAAGUUCACUGCAGAUGAGCCAGCUCCUAGUAGCCCUCCUGAAUCUGAGAGUGAACCCUACACUUUUUCACACCCCAACAAGGGGGAGGUAGGUGUCAGGGAGACAGACAUCCCCUUGCUCAACACCCAGGGACCAGUGGAGAUGGAAGAAUAAUUUGGCCCCAUUCCAAAGACUUUGCUGAGAUGCCUGACACCAGGCAUUGAGACAUGAAAAACUGUCCUAAACAGGAGUCAGAUGGGAGAGCAAUCAACUAGAAGGAACAGUAGGUUUUGCAAAGUGCCCCAAAUCCUGAUUUCCUGGUGGACUCCUUCCAGUGAUGAGCAAAUCGUGGCUUCUGAUGGGGAUGUCAUCCUAACAGCUCAGGUCUUCCUGAACUCAGGUUGUGUUGGGGCUGGCCACGGUGCCAGAAGAGAGACAUGGUCCACCCAGACAGUACCACAACGAGCCCUGGAUUCUCAAUAAUAAGCAGAGACUUAGCGGAUUCCCAGGAGCUCUGCUUGAGGUCUCUUCUCUCACUGGAGUCCUCUGGAUGAAAAUGACAAUAUGCUUUUUUAUUAGUAGUAGUAAUAGUAGUAGUAGUAUUUAUUUGGUGGUCCUUUAUGUUUUAAAAAGUUGAAUGUGGAGCUGGGGGUAUAGCUCAGUUGGUAGAGUACUGGCCUAACUUGCACAAAGCUCUGGGUUCCAUCCUCAGCACAGCAUAAAACCAGGCAUGAUGGUGCAUACCUGUAAUCCUAGCACUAGGGAGGUAGAGGCAGGAGGACCAGAAUUUCAAGGUCAUCAUCAAGUGUGUAGUGAGUUGGAGGCCCUUCUGGUCUAUAUAAGACCCUCUUUUAAAAACAUAAAUGGCCGGUGAAAUGAAUGAUAAACAGCACUUACCACUCAAAAAGGUCACGAGCCACGGCCAUGAUUUAUUAGAGGAAAGCGGGGAGGGGGAGAAGAACCAGGCCUGGGAAAGAGCAUGUGUGGAGGCCAGAGA